ACGAGAGACCGGAGCUUUGUGAGUCACUCACUGUUGUGCAGCAUGCGCCAGGGUAUCUAAUUACAGUAUUGAAUUCACAACUAAAUGUUUGCCAGCUAGAUAUAUUUUAUAACGUAUGUUAAAUCUAAAAUGUGCUAAAUGUCUGCAGUUGUGCAUUUGGUGUGCAAAUUUAGUAGCUAGUUAGCUAAGUGGUUAGCUUAUUCCUAAAUCAAGCAUUCGCUUGGUAACAGCAGAGAAUCCCGUCCUGGAUCAAGAGCCUUGCUGGCAAAUAUUAGUUUUGUGCGUGCAGAAAAAUGAUUUUCUCUCUCUCCCUCCUCUCUCUUUUUGAUCCAGGCGAAGCUAAGAUGGUGGACCGGCUGGCGAACAGCGAGGCCAACUCCAAGCGGAUCCAGGUAGUCGAGGGCUGCUUCGGCGCAGCGGGCCAGCCACUGGUCAUACCGGGCCGCGUACUCAUCGGUGAGGGUGUGCUCACCAAGCUGUGUCGCAAGAAGCCCAAGGCGCGCCAGUUCUUCCUGUUCAACGACAUCCUGGUGUACGGCAACAUUGUCAUCCAGAAGAAGAAGUACAACAAGCAGCACAUCAUCCCGCUGGAGAGCGUCACCAUCGACACGGUGGCUGAUGAGGGCGACCUGCGGAACGGCUGGCUCAUCAAGACACCCACCAAGUCUUUCGCUGUCUACGCCGCCACCGCUACUGAGAAGUCAGAGUGGAUGAGCCACAUCAGCAAGUGCGUGGGCGACCUGUUGGAGAAGAGCGGCAAAGCGCCGACUGGCGAGCACGCAGCCGUCUGGAUACCUGACUCAGAGGCCACUCUCUGCAUGCGCUGCCAGAAGAUCAAGUUCACGCCCCUCAGCCGCCGCCACCAUUGCCGCAAGUGCGGCUAUGUGGUUUGUGGCCCGUGCUCUGACAAGAAAUUCCUGCUGCCCAGCCAGUCGUGCAAGCCGGUGCGUGUGUGUGAGUUCUGUUACCUGCAGCUGGCCUCCGCAGGAGGGGGGACGGGCUUAGACCCACGCUCGGACUCCUACAGCCGGUCAGGGUCAAAGUACAACAACGUGUCGGACGACGAAGAUGAGGAGGACAGCAGUGACUGAGGAAGGCCCUCCUGACAGCCUUCCAUCUUCCCCUUUUAGUAAUCAAUUAGCAAUAUUCCAUUUAUAAUUAUCAUUUUUUCUUCGCACAGCAGUGUUAUGAAGAAAAGUAAUUUUUUUCUACUAGCUGAAAUAAAUGCUUUUUAACGAUAAUAUAGUGAAAUGCCUGAUGGGAAUUGUAAGUUCGGUAAAAAUAUCCCACGCACUAUUUGUAGUAUUGCUGCUUCCUGUAUGGCGUGCUCCACAGUCAUCCUCUUUGUUCUCCAUUAAACAGUGGACCUCACGACAGGAGAGAAUGAUGCUAGGAGUAAUGUAGCACCUCUCAUUGUCCUCUCUGCUAAUGUCAUCCUCUUCUAUUAUAUUCUUGAUUUCAUUUCCCUUUUUUAUUUUUUAACAGAUGAACCUUAAGAGGUACAUGCCUCAAUGCGGAUAUUUCUGCAGGGAGAAGCGAUUAGCAUUCAGUCACACUUCACAUGGUCAACCUACCCAUUUAAAUAUUUCAGGUAAAAUACCUAUAGGUGCUUUUUUUUCUAGGUUUGUAGCUGCUUUAGUAUUUUCUAGCCUAAAUAACCCCUCCUUCACUAACCUCUCAAAGGAUUACAGUAUCAAAGCCAGAAACAUAAACAGCCUGAUCUGUUGAUCUGUCUUUUGUAGUUAUUUGCUUAUGACAAAUCAGCUAAAGCUUUAUGAUUGUAUGGUGAAGCUCCUCUAGGUGUAUAUGUCUUAGCAUACAGUGGUGGCCAACGUUCAGUUUUGAAGUUGAAGAGUUUUUCUACACAGCUUAGCUUGUAAUAGCAUGUAUUUGAAAUGCAAAUAUUCAAUCAUCCCAAAAAUGUACCUCACACAGACCUUAAUUUUCACACAGUGCCUUCUGAUUAAGUGAGUUGUCUGGGCAGGCCUGUUUUAAUGAGAUAUUGCAUCAGAGUAGACCCUACUACUAUAACUUCUGUUUUGAGGCUGUGUUCUGUCGGUAUAACCCUAAGCUGAAUGGCUGUAGGGAGAAGCUUUAUAGAGUACUGUCCCGUGUUGGAGAUAGUUAUGUGUUAGGUUUUGGUUCGUCUAGAGUAUUUGGCAAGUUUCUGGCUGGAGUCUCCACUGAGUGCCUCUAGAGUGCUGUGAGAGCAGAAACUUGACCUGUGAUGAUCAGGAAAUCAGCCCAUUGUCUUACUGUGGUCUCCUCAGUAUGUGACUGCUUCCUAACCUGCCCUCAAAGUUCCAGGGUAUCCUGACCUGUCAGAAAAUUAAGCUGAACUGAACUUGCCUGAACAGAGAACGGGAAAUCAUUGCAUAACGUACAGGAACUCUACAGGAAGUGUCUACCAUCAACUUCUCUGAGGAACCAAGACUGUCCCCCCCCCCCCCGUGUCCCUCUUCCAACUGAGCUUCCCUAUAAGGUAUGGCCAUUCUGUGUCAGCUGACACUGACAUGUGAAAGGCUUGUUGGAGGACUAAUAAUGACCUACCACCAUCACUUUUUCACGCUGUGAAGCGAAUGGGAAAUGCACUAACCAUUUCAGGUUUUACACUCUGGGACAGACAGAUCUAAUUCAAUCACUUUCAGUCUGGGCAUAGUUUAUCUUCCUGUGUUUCCAUGGGAAUCCUUUCUCUCCUUUUUUAAAGCAACUUGUUUUUACACCUAAGCAGUCAGGCUCACAGGUGGCAAAGACUUGAACUAAUUUGCAGUCUUUCAGUGUAAUAUGGAACGUUUAUCCUGAGAUGUGUGUAUUUGAGUGACAGAACUGACAAAAGUAAUAAUUUCUUUCUUUUUUUAGCUUCUCUAAGAAGUAACUGUAGAGCCCUAUAAAAGUCCAUCGCUUUGGCAAGCAAUAAGACAUGAGACAGAUCUCCUACCCCAUUGUCUCUGAUUAUCAGGUUGUAUUGUUGCAGAAGCAGAUGCUCAAAAUACUACAUCCCUCACUCUAUUGAAGGUUUAUCAUCAUACUCAAACAACAAACAGAUAUUGGGCACAUCUAUAUUAAUGCAAAUCCUACCAUAAUCUGUAGUUUCCUUAAUCAACACUUUUUUUUCAUCUUUCACCUCACUUAAGGAAUAUUUUGAAAUGACUUCUGUUGAUUUUGUAUAUUUGUAUAGUGUUUGGGGUUUGUUUUGUACAGUAUACUAUGUAGUUAUACAAAUGCCGCUGUUUCAGGUCUCUUGUGCUCGUCUCACCUUCAUGUAUGGACCGGAUUAAACACCAGCACUUUACUCCCUUUCUCUAGAGAGAGGUCGUAAACAAGAGCUACAUUGCCUCUGAGACCAUAGACUGACAGGACUGGGUUUCCUGUCUGACAUCACCUCAGGAGAGUGAGCUAGGGGUACCUACACAACCUGAGAAUUAACAUUGUACACCCGUUAAGCAAAAAUUAUGUCUGAACACAGAACUGAGGGAACAAUGUGAGAUUUCUGAAAGGGCGCAUACCAUACUUUUUUGAGUUUGUUUUCUUUGCCUGCUUAUCUGGUUUGGUUUGUUAACCUCAAGUCUCAUGGAAUUUAAGUUCUCUCCAUUGUUCUCGGGUGGUGUUUUUUGUUGUCUUUAAGAAUAUUUUUUUUCUGUUGCCAUUUAAAUUCUCGUUUUAAAAGUCUUAAGGGCUUAAACCUGAAUGUAAUACAGCAUAUCAUCAUUGGAUACUAAUUUUCUCUGAAUUGAAAUAUAUAAAUACCAUAUUGCCUAAAA